UUUUUUUUUUAGGGGGGAAGAAGAGAGAACCUACCCUUUGGAAGAGUCGCUAUGUCAAAAAAAUAAAAAAAAAAUAAAAACGUUAUGAUAGAGAAAUAACCUUUUAGAAACACCAACAAAAUUCUUUGUUGUACAUUUAUAUAAAAUAUUCAAGAUGAGCCGUGAUGAUGAUUAUGAUUAUUUAUUCAAAGUUGUAUUGAUUGGUGACUCUGGUGUUGGUAAGACGAAUCUCUUGGGUCGAUUUACUCGUAACGAGUUUAAUCUCGAGUCAAAGAGUACCAUUGGUGUAGAGUUUGCCACAAGAAGCAUUCAAGUGGACAACAAGGUCAUCAAGGCACAAAUAUGGGAUACUGCUGGUCAAGAACGUUACAGAGCUAUUACCAGCGCAUACUAUCGUGGUGCAGUGGGUGCAUUGUUGGUAUAUGAUAUUUCAAAGCAUUCUACAUAUGAAAGUGUCAGUCGUUGGUUAAAAGAGCUCCGUGAUCAUGCCGAUUCCAAUAUUGUUAUUAUGCUUGUUGGCAACAAGAGCGAUUUAAGACAUCUGAGAGCAGUCCCUACCGAUGAAGCCAAACAGUUUGCAUCCGAUAAUGGUUUAUCCUUUAUUGAAACUUCCGCUCUCGAUGCAACUAACGUCGAACUCUCCUUCCAAAGAAUACUCACCGAAAUCUAUCGUAUUGUGUCCAAUAAGGCUUUAGAAACAUCAAAUAACGCUAUUAAGCCUACUGGCGGACAAACAAUUCUUGUGUCUCAAUCUCCUGAUGAUCAAAAGCCUGCCGGUGGAUGUUGUUAAAUAGUUAAUAAUAAUAGUUAGUAGUAAUAGUAAUAAUAAUAAUAUCAAAAGAAAAAAGAGUGAUGCCAUGUGAAAGUAUCAUGCGUACCGAAAAAAGAGUUUAUAUAUGUCUUCCCCCUUUCUUUAUUCGGCAUUUUUACUAGUGAUCCAAAUAUAAACAAAAAAAAAAAAAAAAAAUUACCCAGGGAACCCGUUAUCG